AUGGCCACCGAUUGUUACGAGACUCUUGGGGUUCCUCGGACAGCUUCAUCGGAUGAAAUCAAAAAGCAAUACAAAAAACUAGCGGUCAAGUUCCAUCCAGACAAGAACCAGGCGCCAGAAGCACAUGAUAGAUUUCUUCGAAUAAAUGAAGCGUACGAGACGCUAAAAGACGCGGCGCUGCGACGUGCUUAUGAUGAGAAAAACGGCAUCAGCAUGCGCCCAGCGCAACAACCGCAAAAUUUCAGUGGGUUCCCGGACCCAUUCAACGUGAACUUUGCAGGGUUCAGUCGGCAAAGCACGCGCAAAUAUCGAAGCGGGACUUCGUAUUUCGAGAGCUAUUUCACCACUGGAUCCGAUGGUUUUGGUGAUCCAUUUGCUCGCGCUCGUAGACAAACGGCCGAGGAACGUGAACGUAAAAUGGCAGAGACGGCUGCUCAUGCAAAGAUGGCCCUCGAUGAGCACAAUAAGAGAGUUCGCGAGGAGUACAUGCGCCGGGCGCAACAGCAACGUGAACAGGAAGAAUUAGAAAGAAGACGUUUCGAAAAGGAAAAGGAAGCAAGAAGAAUGGAGGAUAUGCUUCGGCAACAUAUGCAAAAGAAUCAAACGGACCCAGUGAAACGAGAGCGUUUCAGUGCACAGUCAAACUUGUGGGACCUUGAUACGGAUGAGCCCCCACGACCCAAGGAUGAGCCACCACGGUCUAAGGAUGGUCUUGGCCAGAACUCGGCCGAACCUAUAGUUGUAGAGGAUGAUACCGAAGUGGAGGAGGUGUCCCGGCAAGAACAGCAGACAUUCGAGCUGAAUGGAGACGGGGUUGAAGAAGAGGAUGACAGCGAGGAUGAAGAACCUCUCUAUGCUGACGCUACCGAAAACUCAUUUUCUACACAUUAUAGAGAUGAGUUCUCAGGCCAAUCUGAGACUAGUGAAGAAGAGGAAGAGGAAGGAGAAGAAGGAGAAGAGCAGCAGAAGAAUGCCUUUUUUGGCCAUGACCGAGCUUCCAACCCUCCCUCUGAAGGAAUUCUCGGAGACGAAGAUAUCUCGUUUGCUUCUGAAGGACACGAGCUCCCGAAGACGCCAGUAAGCGAGCCCGAUAUAGUAGAGAUCGAUGGUCCAGAUGAUACAGUUCCAGACAUAUUGGACCCUACGCCAUCUAAAGAACGCAUAAAGUCGCCUCGUAGGGCUCCAUCAAUGCAGCAACGUCCAGAUGAAUUUCGCAAGGGUGCCAAAAAGGCACGUCUCUCUAAUUUUGACGAGAUGAAGUCAUCUUUGGGCGUUGAUAUCGGUGACGUUGACUUCUCAGACAUUCGCGCGACGCUCCCUGGAGGUGCGAAAGUGAGAAAACUGAGCUCCAGUAACAAGACACAUUCUGCAAAACGGGCCAAAAUAGCUGAGUUUGUGGAUGGGCUGACGAGAGCGCUGACAUUGUUCACUCCCGUCAACAAGCUCAACCAGCGGAAUUCUUCACAGACACUCUCGGCCAAGGACCUUCAACCCAACGUGGAUCCCGCCAGUCUCAAGUUCAGCCAUGAGCCGCCACGAAUCCAUUUGCCAUCAGCCACCAAAAGAGAAUGGGAGAUUUACGUUGCACGAAUGCAUGUUUAUCAACAACAGUUUGCAGUGUAUCGAAAGAAUAUUUUGGAAUACCAGGUGGCCAGAUUCGAGAUUGAUGAACGGAGCCAGAACACCAUCUAUUCCGACGCAGACUGUCUUUCUGCAUACCAGGCAUGUUUAGCUGAGGAGCAGGAGAUUGUUCAAGGAUACAACGCAGCGUUUCAAGAGUUUCAGCAGGCGCUCCGAGUAUUCCGAGCCAACUGUGCAAUCAUGAUGUAG